GGCUGAAUUUAUGAAGGCAGACAGAUAUUCGGCUAAGCUAUCCUAUCGUCAUCUGAGACUCACGCCAUGGUUGUUGCUGAGGUCAAAGGCUGAGCGGCUGGACUGCCUUGUCAGCCCGACGCGGGGCAGUGCAGAACGGGACCCGCUUGACCGUGUCCGUCACCCACCUUGAACUUUACCAACUACCCCAAAGAUAUCCACGAAUUUCUCAUCUUCCUGGGCACCUCAUGUAAUGUCACAGUCUGCUGACUUGUAUACGAAGCUGCCAUCGUAUACGCCAUCGACACGCUUACUUAGGGUUCAGCCUGCAAUCGACCCUUCUGACGGCAUCGAAUGUGAACUUCUGGUGUACGAUAUAAGGCAUGCACCAUCGUACAGAGCUCUUUCGUAUGCCUGGAAGGAGCAUCGUGGUGUGGUCCAGGUUGAUAGGGACGUAGCUCAGCAGCGAGAAGGUCGCCUCGAGAUUAUCGACGGGCCAUUGUCGCGUAUUUCACUCACUGUGUCUCCUAGUUUGACACUUGCAAUCCGGCGAUUGCGCUCGAGACACACUCCCCAAUUCUUCUGGAUUGAUGCUGUGUGUAUUAACCAGCAGGACGAUGAGGAGCGUUCCAUGCAGGUUGCUUUGAUGGGAACCAUAUACGAGGGCGCCUCUGAAGUUGUCAUAUGGCUCGGCGAACGGGAAACUCAGGACGAGUUGGGUGAAUGGCUUCAGGGCGCGUACUCCAGAACAGUUGUGAAUCUUGACUUCAGUUCGGUCGAGGUAGCACGAUCUCUUGUGAAUCAGUACAUUGCGGGCUUCAAAAUGCUGCGAGAUGAGUACAACGGACCCGUGGUCCAGAAGACCGAUGUCUACGGAGCGUUCUGUCUCGUCUGGCUUCUGGCACAGGGCUACAAUCCAAGCGAUAUCGUAUUCUACCACAACAGCAUGUUCAAGAAUAGGUUCCGUAUGGAGUGGGCAGCGCAGGUGUCGGAAGGGCUGAAGGCUAUAAUGGCGCGGGAUUGGUGGCGUCGCGCUUGGGUAGUCCAAGAAACAGUCCUCGCGCGCAGAGCGACUGUUGUUUACGGGACGCUUUCCGCACCGUGGCUGAUGUUUGCAGAUGCAGCGAUGAAGGUGUCGCAGCAGAAGUUUGGACAAGAUGCCGAACAAUUCUCGGUUUUGGGUCUGAUUCCGAGUCUGGUCUUUCAGGUUCGUGUAGGCACUGCUGAUGCACUUGAUGACUUCUCGGCACUUGUGCUCGCCAUAGAAUACACGCGGGUAGAGCGAGAUCACAAGGCUGCGGUACAAUUGCUGUCCCUGCUGAGAAGAUUCCGCACAAGAAUGGCAACAGAUGAUCGGGACAAGAUAUUUGCUUUCCAUGGACUGGCGACUGUGCAGACGAGUCGUCCACUCGCCAUCAAUUACACGAUGUCCAAACGGGAGCUUUAUAUAGCUACUGCAUCACAUAUCAUCGAACAGACACGGUCCUUGUCUGUUCUCCGCGGCACCUUGGGGCAUACUUCGUCGCCAGAAAGUCCUCCAUCGACGAACACAUUAGAUAGAGCGUCCAAGACUGCGUACGGUACGACUCUGCGGCGAUCGGAACUACCAUCCUGGGUGACAGACUGGAGCAAACUGCCGACAGACGGCUCACUUGAGAUAGACAGACUCGAUCGGCUCGAGCACUACUCCGCAGGCGAUGCUUACAGUGCUGUGCAUAUCUACAGCUCGGGCAUACUAGAAACCAGAGGUUACGUUGUUGCUAAGGUGAUUUCCGUGGCAGCCGAGAUACCACAACCCACGCUUGAACGACUUCGACAGGCAAUACGAUCAUGGUGCACGUGGUGGUCAAACCAUACGCAGCAGGAUGAAGCGUUCGACGACAACUCUGUCUUUUAUACGGCUAUGUGCGGGCACUUGUUGCACAACCCUCACGGAAGCUCGAAUUCAGUUGUGGAACAUAGCAAUUAUCGCAGGUCAGACGCGAGCGCCAUCCUACAAGCCUGCAAGGUCUGGCUCACCGACACUACCACUCAGCGCAAUCGGAAGACUGCCAUGAUCGGAGAUCUUGUUGCAAACUCAUACCAAGAACCAGUGGCUGUAACGAGGUUGAAGAACUCGUAUUUCUACUCAGUACGCGCUGCAACGAGUUCGCGGCGACUGUUCACAUUCCGGCGAAACAACGCAUCGUUGAACGAACUGCCUCCAAAGACCGACAUUGGAGUGGGUCCGUUGAACAUUCAGGCUGGAGAUAUCAUAUACAUACCUGACGGUAGUAAAGUCCCCCUGAUUAUCCGGAGAGCACCAACCGAGCCAGGACACACGUUUAUGCCGGGUGCGCAGUCGUACGGCAUAUCUACACCUGAGCGCGGGGGAAUCAACGUCGGUUCCGAAGCGCAGCUGUAUCGUUUGAUCGGGGAUGCUUAUGUGCACGGCUUCAUGGACGGUGAGGCACUGUGGCGUUCAUCCAAGGUCUCCGUCCUCUUUUGUUAGGAAGAUUGAAUAGGAGGUUUGUUUGUUGUGCAUUUACAAGUAACUCCUUGCAUAUUGUCUUCAUCUCCAAUCUUGAGUAUGUGCUCAAUGAACUGUUUUUAGAUUCGGGAUACCAAGA